CACUUUACUGCAGUAUUUACUGUGUUUAACACUUAUAUUCGUGAAUUAAAUGUUGAAGGAUUAUGGAGGGUUCAACUAUUAAAAGUCGGAUUAAAAGUCUUCUGCGCUCGCCUUCAAUUAAACUGAGGAAGAAUCGAUGUCGAAUGAACGAGAAUCUGUCCAGUAAGGUGACGUUAGAGAGAGUUCUGGGUAUCACGACUGCAGGAACCAGCGGUUUAACAUGUGACCCAAACUCUGGGACAGUGGCGUAUCCAGCCGGGUGUGUCGUUGUGUUACUGAAUCCAGCAAAAAACAGACAACAGCACCUCAUCAACUCAUCCAGAAAAACUAUCAGCACAUUGUCGUUCUCCUCCGAUGGCAAAUAUCUCGUCACAGGAGAGAAUCCUGCAGCCAGUGAAGGGAAGGUGCGUAUCAUCAGUUGUGGAGCAGAUAAGAGUGUGUACAUCCGCACCGCUCACAGGACCGUCAGAGGAACAGAAUUCAAACGGACGCACCAUGUGGUUCGUAAAACUACUCUGAAUGACAUGGACGUUGAUCCUACGUGCAAGUAUGCGGCCGUGGGCUGUCAGGACCGAAGCAUCAGAGUGUUGAACAUCAGCAGCGGGAAACUAAAGAGGUCUUAUAAAGGCUCUCAGACUGAAGAUGGCAGUUUAUUAAAGGUUCAGAUCGACCCGUCUGGUCUGUUUGUGGCCUCGAGCUGCUCUGAUAAAAACAUCAGUCUGUUUGAUUUCCACACGGGAGAAUGUCUCGCAGCUGUGUUCGGACAUUCAGACAUCAUCACAGGUUUAAAGUUCACCAGUGACUGUAGACGUCUGAUCUCAGCGUCAGGAGACAGCUGUAUCUUCAUAUGGCGACUCGCUCCAGAACUGACCAUCAACAUGAGAGAGCGACUGUCUCGACUCAAACAGCAUCACACCGUUAAAAACACCCCAUUCAGGUACAAGAGAAACGUCACUGAAUCAUCAGACUUCAAUGGCCGCUCGUCCGUGAGUGAUUUUACACUGAACGGUUCAUCCAUCAUGAGCUGCUCCUCUGAGAGUGACCGAGAGGAAGAUGAAGGUUUGAGAAGAUCUGAAGAUAACGAAGGUCAUCAGGACAGCCGUCGUCAUCUGUCUGUGUCUGAGACCAGUGUUGAAGAGGAAUCAGGUGCAUCUGAUGAAGGAAAUGAUUGCAACCCAGUUCAGGGUUCAUCUGUGGACUCUAGUCAGUGUGGAGUGGCGUCUCGGCCGCGGAGGCGCUGGUCGUCUCGUAUCGGCUCUCUGGAGCUCAUGGUGAAGUCCAUGCUGGAGCUUCGACAGCUGGAUUCUCUUUCUGAAGCAGCAGAUCAGAACAGAAGCUCCACUGAGCAGAUCAGAACUGAAGAACGAGGAAGCACCUUUAGUCUGCAGGAAUGCAAUAAGAAGCAUCGAGCGUGUCCUCAUUCAGCGUGGUUGACUCCAGCCUCUAAACCAGAACCUGAUGGUGUCGUGUUAUACCCAGAACACAGUACCAGCAGAACCAGUCUGUCUGGACCUACAUACCAGGUUCAGAGUCCCGCUGAGGGGGGGCUGGAGAGAGAAGAUGCUCAGAGUCCCGUCAGUGGAUUCUCUAUGGGCUACUGCAGUGGAGCGUCCAGUCCAGAUCAACAGUGUGGUGACUCAGAUGACCCACAGCCGCUCAGCUCUGAUGAUGAACGGUGUGAACGAGUGGAAGGUUUAGACACUGAGAGGAAGCAGAUCUCUAAUUCGGAGAGUUUUCGUCAUGAGGACUUUCUGAAGAAGAACUUUGAGGCGCUGUCAGACAGCACUGACACGGAGACACAACUCAGACCUGACGGAAGCAUCUCAGCACGCUUCCUUGGCCAGAAGUCCACCUCCAGGACUGGCACACUGUUUAAAGCUAGUAACUGUAGUCCAAGUGUAAAAGUGAUGCCCACCGUCAAAUCCCUGAUUGAGGAGAAGCAUGCAGAGGACAAUAGACAGACAAUCCCUCCAGAGCGAGAGUCAGUCCUGUGGUCCAGCACACAGAGGAGUCACCCGUACCUGACCCGGGUCUCCGGCCCCAUUAGUAAACCUUCAGCAGGACUCCAGAAAUCUGCUUCAGGACAAUAUCUGCCCACAGACACACGCAAGUCCCUGACUUCAUCUCGUCUGCGUCGAGAGGCACGUCCCAUCCUGCCGAAGCUAAUCAUAGAGAAGAAUGAGUACAAAUCCCACCCUCAGCGCCCUUCUCCCUCCACUCCGUCCUCCCCGCAGUCCUGGGAAAGUCCAAAGUCCAGUCGGACCCUCCGAGCUCGAUCUUAUAUGAGUCCCACCACCAGCUCCAGAGCCAAAAUCACACGUUCCGUGUCCAUCGGGGAGGACCUGCAUUUGGUCACAGGUUCUGGCGAGAUCUUACCAAGCACGUCUCCUUCCAGCCCAUCCCGCAUGAACGCUCCAUUCCCAUCAUAUCCAUCUUCAACAACUCCAGCUGAACCAAAACAUACUGGUCCUAAAGCUGUUCCCUCAAAAGCGGUGAAACCUCGCCUCUGUCAGAGGAUGAGCAGCCCGUUCUCUGAAUGGCCGAGCAGAUCCACCACAAAAACUCGCGGUGACGGUUUCCAUGAAGACUCUUCUGUUGAGUUUAAAGCUCUUCAUGUUGAAGUAAACAUUGACUCCAGUCCGAUGGAAAGUGUCAUCACUCCUUGUCCUGAAGACCAGCAACCUCAGGAGCUGUUCUGCCACACUCUUCAGAGUGAACGCCCUCAAGUGGCCGUCAAGGCGUUCUCCUCGACGUGUGACACGGCUGCUGAUCAAGAGUGUUCAGUCAGUGUUGAGGUGUGCAGACGGGCCGCAGCUGAUCUGUUCUCUAGUGUUCAGAGAGCAACACAACUCUACAGGACGCUGAUGUCGUGUGCAGGCGGUGUGGAGCAGCAGCAGAUGUUGUCAGAUGUGAUACUGCAGGUGCGUUCGGAGCUGGAUUCAGUCACACCUGCACCUGUGAUGAAGACGAUGAUGAUGGAAGAGGAGAAGAACACGCUCACAUUACUGGAACAAUACUCACAACUCCUGCUGCAGUCUGUGGAGAAGAGACUACAACACAACAUCUAACACACUGUAGUGUGUUUAAUACCUGUGCAUUUCAUUAUGAUGAUAAUCUCAUUGGAUAUUUUAAUAAGAUUUAGCUGUCAUGUUGCACAUUUAAUUUCAAUUUACUGAUGCAAUUUUAAAUAAUUUCUCAAAUGUGAUUUGUGUAAUUGUGUAAAUGUUUAAUUGCUUUGAAUAUUAAUUUUUAUUUAUGAUUUAUUGCCAAAAAUGUUUGUCUCUGAUAUGCAUGUUGUCAUUUCACUGUUUUAUUAUCAUGUACUGUUUCAUUGACAUGAAUCACCCAUAAAGUGUGUAUUAUCUGAAGAUUUUAUCCAUUUGUUUUUAUCUGUGAUGAUUUCAUUGUCACCCGUGAUUUUGAUCUGUUCUGUUGUGUAUCAGGAGUUGGACAGAUU